UCAAAUCUCAAUACUAACAGAUGCGUGGUCGUCUCCGCAUUUCGUGCCCCUGCGCGAGGCUCGCGCUAGCUCUAUAAGUAGUUACACGAGACUCGGCGCGGCCUUGCUCGUGAGACUGUUCCAUCGAGCUAUACCAGCUCGAGAGCUCGGUUGGCGUCCCCGAAGCAGCUCGAGAGCUCAGUUCGCUUCGCGUCCCCAAAGGAGGGAGGCAUGGAGCUCAUGAGAAGGGAACCUCAACAGUCAAGCAUGGCGGGCCGCACGAGGUCACGUUGCCCCGUGCUGCUGCUCUUCCUCGUCGGUGUGGCUGCUCGAGUGGCUUCAGGCGUCGUCACCGACGGCCUAUUACCAAAUGGCAAUUUUGAGUUCGGACCGGCCAAGUCGGAUCUGAACGGCACUAGGGUAAUGGGUCAAAACUCCAUACCGAACUGGGAGAUCUCCGGGUUCGUGGAGUACAUCGGGUCCGGGCAGCAGCAGGACGACAUGAUCCUCCCGGUGCCGGAAGGCGCAUACGCCGUGCGUCUGGGCAACGACGCAACCAUCCGGCAGAAGCUAAGCGUGAACCGGAAGACGACCUACUCCAUCACCUUCUGCGCGGCGCGCACCUGCGCGCAGGCCGAGCAGCUCAACGUGUCCGUCGCCGCGGAGUCCGGCGUCCUCCCGGUCCAGACCGUGUACACCAGCAGCGGGUGGGACUCCUACUCCUACGCCUUCAGAGCCAGGCACAGCACCGCGUGGCUCACCAUCCACAACCCCAGCCACGAGGACGACCCGGCGUGCGGCCCCCUCAUCGACUCCGUUGCCAUCAAGGCCCUCAACCCGCCGCAUCAUACCAAGGGUAACUUGCUGAGGAACGGAGACUUCGAGGAGGGGCCGUUCAUCUUCCCGGGCACGGCGUGGGGCGUGCUGGUGCCGCCGAUGGACGAGGACGACGUGUCACCGCUGCCAGGGUGGAUGGUCAUGUCGGACACCAAGGUGGUCAAGUACGUGGACGCGGCGCACCACGCGGUGCCGCGCGGCGCGCGCGCCGUGGAGCUGGUGGCCGGCAGGGAGGCCGCGCUGGUGCAGGAGGUCCGCGGCACCGUGCCCGGCCGGCGCUACCGCUUGUCGUUCUCGGUCGGGGACGCGGGGAACGGGUGCGAGGGGUCCUUGGCCGUGGAGGCGUACGCGGCGCGGGCGACGGCGAGGGCGACGUACGAGUCCCGCGGAACCGGCGGGAGCAUAAAGCGCGCCGCGGUCGUCGAGUUCGCGGCGAUCGCGAACCUCACGCGCGUGGUGUUUCAGAGCUACAACCACCACAUGAAGCCCGACGGCACGCUCUGCGGGCCGGUCGUGGACGACGUCUCCCUCGUCGGCCUGCGCAAGCACGCCGCGCGCCGGCUAUUCUUGUAGUCUGCGCUCUGCAGCAGUGGCGUACCUGCUGGUGCUUGAUGAGUUUGUAUUGGCAAUCCCGUACGUACAUGUGUAUGGCCAUUGGCCACUAGCUAACUGUACCUGCAAUGGCAAGCGGCGUAGAAUUUAUUUUGAUAUACUAUUCGAGAACCAGAUGUGCUUGUACAAUCUUGUGAUGGCAUGAUGCUGUUAUGCAUGGCUUUGACUAACGAUUGCGCCGAGGAACUGAUCUGCGAUUCAGAUGUACAGUACU